AUUUCAGAUUUUUACCAAAUGUGAGACCGGCUGGCACGCUGUGCACAGCUUCGUUGAGCGGAUUUUGGCGCGAAGCUUUACACCUACUUUUGAAGCAUCUUUGACACACACCUUCAUCUGUAGCGUUGCACGGCUCCACCAUGUCUAUUGCUUUCUCUUUUCCAAACGACGGCACAGCUAUUGCUGUGUCAGCUGCCAAGGCUACAACUCCUCGCACUGUCGCUUCCGACAAUGACAGCGAUCAAGGGGAAGAAGCCAUGCCUUGGGAAGACUGCGAUUGGGUUCCAAUGAUGUCCUCCGGCAAGCAAAAGACUCCCAACCAAAUCCGUGGCGAGUUCCAGCGCUACUUGGACACGUGUGGUCGGACCACAAAGGACGUGUUGGAAGAAAUUGGAGUCAGCAGCAGAUCCUUUUACAAGUUCAUGAACCGCAAAAACUACAAGGACCCAUGGUCGGCUGUUCAGAAUCAGACAUACUUUGAGGCUGGUCGUUUCUUGGCAAAACACGACCACCAGAAGAAGUUACAAAAGAAACAAGACAAGAAGCGAAAGGCGUCUUCUUCGAGUGAUGGCACUGCCGUCAAGAAGGCAAAGCCCUCCGUGGCGGCACAGCGAGCUGAAGCCGACGCUUGGUUGACAGAAGUCUUGGCCACCACUGGCGCCAACGAGGAGGUAGUGUAUGACUCUUGUCCAGAGCUUGUCAAAAAGAUCAAGAAGCUCUUUCAGGACAAACCUGGUGUGACCAAGGCGGCUUUCUGUAGAAUCGCUCUCUCGGGUGCAAACAACAAUGCUUUGGCCAAAUUCUUGGCUGCCAAGCACCAAGAUCAGCAGGGAAAUGCGGUCUACCGCAAGGCGUAUGCAUUCUUUGAAAAACUUCGCAUCAAGAAUGGCGAAGCAAAAACCAAAGCUCGGCUCAAGCAUGAACAAGAGAAAGGGCCCGAAGGUUUUUCUAUCAAACCUUUGAACAUGGGCCGCCCACCGAUGGUGUUUUAUGCUGUUGACUUCCCCUUCUUUUGAAUAUGAAGAAUAAAUGACUGAAUCCAAUCCGCUCUUGUCGCCAUGCGGUUGGGAAGGCAAUGAUGACAUGUAUGUUGGAAUGUUGAGGGAGGUAUCAAUUUCUGUAGUAGAGCAAUUUAUAACCAUUGAGGAAUAGCAAAUGCAUUUGAUGAAGCGUAGAAC